ACCAAUUCGAGACAUGGCUGCAAAUUGUUGAUGGAUGCAAAGGAGGAGUUUCAGCCCUGGUUUGGCAUCGAACAAGAAUACACUCUGCUUGAUAUCGACGGCUAUCCUCUUCAAUGGCCAAAAAACGGCUUUCCUGGCCCACAAGGCCCAUACUACUGUGGUGUCGGCUCUAAUAUAGCAUUCGGUCGAGAUGUGGUCGAAGCGCACUAUCGGGCCUGUCUUUUUUCUGGAGUGAAGAUUGCUGGAAGCAAUGCCGAAGUCAUGCCUUCUCAGGCGAGUUUACAAUCGACACGAUAG